AUGAACGACUUCGAAGCCUACUUGGACCCCGAGUUCCAAGCCCCCACGUUUGCCCGUGACCUUCUUGUCGCCACUAAUGGUCCCGACGCUGACGAAUUAGAGGUGGAGACCGCGAUCAAGCGGCUCCGCUUCGACGUCGACGAGUGUGACAAGCGCAUGUCGCUGAUCGCCGGCCACAACUACCAGGAGCUUGUGGGCAACUUUGACCGCAUCCAGCAGCUUCAGAAAGUGAUGGAUAGUCGCGUGGCACCGGCAGUCGACCGGAUCAACUCGUCGUUUGACCGUAUCAACGCCGAAGUGGUGCAACCUUACGAAGAGGCUGCCAACACCAAUGCGGCGCUCAAACGCAUCCACACCACGUUGGCGAUGCUCCGAGGAGUGCUGGUGUUUAUGGUGAUUGUCCAACAGCUUGAGGAAUUGACGCUGGAGCCGCUGCUGUUGCCGAAACAGGCGAGAUUAUUACACCAGUUGCAACAGGUUUUAGACGACCAACUGACACUAAACCAGAUUCGUUUGGUUCGCAACUACCAGCCGAUCGCUACGCUGAAAAGGCAGCUGCUUGUGAAUGAGUGUGGCCAGUCAAUCACCAGUUUAGUGAGCCACGCUCAGACGUUUACCACCACCAAUCUGGAGUUGAAAUACAGGAUGCAGGCGCUCUACUUGGUGGACCCCGAAGAGUUUAAGCUGGCCAUCACCAAGAUCGUUACUAAAAAUGUGACCCUGGCGCUGGCUCAGCUUCAGCGAGCACUAAAUUCUCCCCGCAAUUUCCCGGAAAUCCUAGGCGAUAUUAAAACCACUCAAAGUCAAUUCUUUGAUACGCUUGAAGAAAUCAUCGCUGCUGCUGAUAGCGAAGACGAUGAGAUCGACUUGAAGCUGGCGGUUUCCGAUGAUUUAAUCGGUGAAUUCUGGAGUAAGUUGGCGUUACGGUUCAAGAAGAAUAUCGCGGCGACGAUGGCUCGAGGCGGUCCCAUUGCCAAGAACUUGAGACUGUACCAUGAUGGCAUCGUCAAUCUGGUGAACAAGACGUUUGAGGGUGAAGUGCAAGAGCAACUCGUCGACGCCCUCCUGUUGAUCAAGGGGGAGAGAUGA